AUGCAUCUCACCACUUGCCUCACCGCAUUGGCCCUUGCCAGCACGGCCCUCGCGGACCCCGCUGUCCAGAUCACCGAUCUGGGAUGCAAUCUCAAGGAUGGCAAUGGCAAUUUCCAGUUCGCCGACAAAGCUCAUGCGAUUAUUACCAGCUCAGGCAACAGGAAUCUGAUUUGCAAGGCUCAAGUGGCUGCCCCAGCGAGUGGGAAGGCCGUGAUCUACAGCGGCAAGAACGGGGACGGGUCCUGUAACGCAGCCGGCGGUUUUACGAACGACUGGCAGGAGACGGUCAGUGCCAGUGGGCAGGCUACGCUUACCUGUCAUUUCAAAGAAUGA